GCGAAUGCUUGACGCAGGCAGAGCUGGCAAGUGCCAAGGCGCUCGAAGUCAAGGAGCCCGUGGAAGGCUACGUCUCGCCAGAGGUUGCCUCUGCUGAGCAUCUUCAGAUUACAGAGGCAUCUGGAGAAGAUGCAGACGCUUUGGAAGCCAG